AUGGGCCAAGAGAAACUGCAGGACAGCUACGUCAUCUCGGGCCUAGAGGUACUUAGUAUGAACGGUGAAAAUGUAGCCGACCUGCCACCUGUUUUUACCCAGUCUUGCUUACCAGUAACCAGGAAGGAUGUAGUAACCUCUGCGGACAUUGAGAAAUACUCAUACUUGAAGCAAGUACCGUUACAGUCAUGUGAUAGUGAUGUAGGACUCUUGAUUGGGGUUAAUGUUCCCCAUGUCAUGCAACCGUUGAAGGUCAUUCCAAGCCAGGGGAAUGGCCCUUAUGCUGUGCAGACUAUCUUAGGUUGGGUAGUCAACGGUCCUUUAAACACAUCAGGGGAUGAUGAUCACUCGUGUUCAUCUGCCUUGGUGAACCGGAUUUCGGUACAGACCGUUCAGACUCUAGAGGAACAAGUUCGAGACCACAUAAAUUAUGAUUUUAGCGAGCGGGUCAUUGACGAUCAGGAACAGCCAUCCAAGAAAGACAAACAGUUUAUUAGAUCAGUGUCAGAAUCAGUUGAGUUCAUUGAUGGUCAUUAUGUUAUUGGUCUGCCUUUCAAGGAUGAAAACGUGCGCAUGCCCAAUAAUCGACCUCAAGCAGUACAACGCAUGGAAUCACUGAGGCGAAAAUUCCAUAAAAGCACUGACUUUCAUGAAAGGUACAAAACGUUCAUGAACAAACUGUUUGAUAAUGAUUAUGCUAGGGUCGCGCCUGAAGACGAUAUGCAGGAGGGUAAGGUGUGGUACUUGCCGCACCAUGGCGUCUUUCAUCCGAAGAAAGACAAACUAAGAGUGGUCUUCGAUUGUGCAGCUCGCUACGGGGGGACAUCGUUAAAUGAUCAGUUGUUGCAAGGCCCGAACCUUACUAACUCUCUUACUGGAGUCUUACUUAGAUUCCGACAGGGGGAAGUGGCGAUUACAGCGGACAUUGAAUCCAUGUUCUACAGGGUACGGGUGCCUGCACAUAAGGACGCCAAUUUUCUACGUUUUUUGUGGUGGCAAGAUGGAGAUCCAAGCAAGCCGAUGAUCGAGUGUCAAAUGUUGGUGCUUAUAUUUGGUGCGGCUUCAUCUUCAAGCUGUUCCAAUUAUGCUCUGAGGAAAACCGCUGAUGACCAUAAGGAUGGAUUUGCUGAAGCAGCCAGCACAAUACAGUCCAAUUUCUACGUAGACGAUUGCCUUAAGUCUGUAGCAUCAACUGAGAAAGCCAUUGCCUUAGCUGACGACCUGCGUACCAUUUGUGAUAAAGGAGGGUUCAAGCUGACAGCGUGGAUUUCGAACGAUAGGGAAGUGAUGGCUACAAUCCCUAAGGAGCUUUGGGCUAAGGGUGUCAAGGACUUAGAUAUCAAACAGAACAGCCUGCCGGUGGAACGUGCCUUGGGAGUUCAAUGGUGCGUGGAGUCUGACACUUUUUGGUUCAGGAUUCAACUUACUGAAAAACCUCCAACACGUCGUGGGAUUUUAUCAACCGUAUACUCAGUCUACGAUCCAUUGGGGUUUCUUUCCCCAUUCAUACUCAAAGCAAAGGCUAUUUUGCAGGAACUCUGUAAGCUGAAGCUUGGCUGGGAUGACAAUGUACCAGAGCCUUACCUUGGUCAGUGGAGAGAUUGGUUACAGGAUUUGCCCAAGCUGUCAGGGUUCAGCGCAGAUCGUUGUGUGAAACCUCAAGGUUUUGGAGAGAUAGCCUCCGCCGCUUUACACCAUUUUAGUGAUGCUUCAGAAACGGGCUAUGGUGUCGCCUCUUACCUACGUGCGGUGAACGCAGAAGGACUUGUACAUUGCUGCUUGCUCCAGUCUAAGUCACGUGUGGCACCUCUCAAGCAGGUCUCAAUAGUGAGGCUUGAGCUAACUGCGGCCACUGUUGCUGUGCGCUUGAACACUAUGUUGAGGUGA